AUGAUGACAUUAACCUCAGUCUAACUCUGGAUACCUGUUGAGAGCAGUGAGGAAAAGACAGAAAGAGAGAAAAGGGGAAAAGUGUGUAACAAGGAACAACAAGAUAGAGGAGGGGAAGACUGACAGAAGACAGGACACUGGACAUUAUCCACUUGGAAGUCUCAAGGACCACAGGACAGCUGCAGAGCUCCAGACGAGUAGCCCUACCAGCCAGCCUUACCGUCUCCCCAGCAGAGGUACAGACCAGUAGCUCUACCAGCCAGCCUUACCGUCUCCCCAGCAGAGGUACAGACCAGUAGCUCUACCAGCCAGCCCUACCAUCUCCCCAGCAGAGGUCCAGACCAGUAGCUCUACCAUUUUCCUCAGAAUGGCUCUCUCCGGACCGGGUGGCUUCCUCUCUGAGGAUCAGUUCAUCUGUUCUAUCUGCCUGGAUGUGUUCACCAACCCAGUCUCCACACCCUGUGGUCACAGCUACUGUCUGGACUGCAUCUCCACCUACUGGGAUGGAGGAGGAGGGAAGACGUGUGUGUGCCCGCUGUGUAAGGAGAGCUUCAAGAAGAGGCCGGAACUUCACAUCAACCGCACCCUGAAGGAGAUCACCGAGCAGUUUAAGAAGAUGGCGGACGGAUUGGACCGGGGGGCCAUGGUGUUUGAAGGAGGGAUUGAGAGUCAAGGUUGGGGUGGCAGUGGAAAUGAGGGGGUGUCAUACGGGGUUGAGCGUCCUCCGGUCCCUCCAAGACCCCCAGGGAUGGGUGUGAUGCCUGGGGAUUUGUUGUUGGAGAUGAAGACCAGGUUCCAACGACCAUCGAACUCCAGAACCCCUCCGCCCGUCCUCCACCCCCACCCACCCUCACCCUUCUCCUCCAACACCACCGCCCUCUCGCCCCCCGCCCCUCCUGUUGUCCCACGCAGAUACACCCUGAGCGGGCCGGCUGAUUCCUUCACCGACGCGCCUCUCUGUCCUGAACACCAGAGGGGACUGGAGUUCUUCUGCCGGACAGACCAGACGUGUGGGUGUGCCGUGUGCAUGGAGGGAGAGCACCAUGGACACCAGGUUAUACCAGCCAAGAGAGAGUGGCUCAUUAAGAAGUCUCAGUUGGAAAUCACAGAGGCAGAGCUGAGGGACAUGAUCACACAGAGAGAAAAGAAGGUGGAGGACAUCAGGACAUCACUGGAGAACAUACAGGUGUGUGCGGAGCAUGAGACAGCAGGCAGCAUGCAUGUGUUCUCUGCCCUGGUGAGCUCUGUGGAGAGGAGCCAGGCAGAGCUGUUGGAGGUGAUAGAGAUGUCACAGCGGGCUGCACAGCACCGAGGACAGACCCUCAUCAGAGACCUAGAGCAGGAGAUCUCUGAGCUGAGGAAGAGAAGCGCUACCCUCACCCAGCUAGCCCAGUCUGAUGACUACGUACUUUUCUUCAAGACAUUCUCCACCCCGCCUCAGACCAGGGAUUGGUCGGAUGCUGUUGUGACCUCUGACCUCACCUCAGGGGCGGUGCUUCUGACUGUCAAUCAAAUGGUGGAGCGGUUUCGGGAGGAGCUCAAGAGACUGCCGGAGAUCUGUCUGCGUCCUCAACCUCAAACAGACCAAUCCGUGGGGAGAUAUAGUCCAAGGUUGCGUCCUCAACCUCAACCAGACCAAUCUGCGGGAAGAUGUAGUCCAAGUUUGUGUUCUCCACCUCCACCAGAACACUCUGUAGGAAGAGAUAGUCCAGAUUGGCUUUCUCAACCUCAACCAGACCAGUCAGUGGGAAGAAAUCCAAAACCAAAGGUGAGGAGAGUGCAGGAAUAUGCAGUGGACAUAACCCUGGACCCCCUCACCGCCCACCCACGCCUGCUCAUCUCCGACGACGGCAAGCAGGUGCGCUGCUGGGACCGCUACCAGCCCGUGGCGGACGGCCCUGAGCGCUUUGACCGUGUGGUCUGCGUCCUCGGGCGCCAGGCCUUCUCUUCGGGACGCCAUUACUGGGAGGUGGAGGUGGGUGGGAAAACGGACUGGGACCUGGGCGUGGCUAGCCACUCCAUCAACAGGAAAGGGAAGAUCAUAGUAAGCCCCGCCCACGGCUACUGGUUCCUGAGUCUCCGGGAUAAGAACGACUACGCGUUCCGAACGGAACCGUCGACAGCGCUGGGCCUCAACCACAAACCCAACCGUAUAGGGAUCUACGUAGACUGUGAUAAGGGACAGGUGUCCUUCUAUAACGUGGACGCUAAGAUGCUCAUCUAUACAUUCACCGACAGCUUCUCGGAUGUCAUUCAUCCCUUCUUCAGCCCUUGCACCAAUAAGUCUGGCAGGAACGAGGCGCCGCUCAUCAUUUGUCCUGUCUCGAUGCCUCUGGUGGACUGA